CCCAAUUCUAUAAACCUUCUUCUUUUUCCCCCCAACAUUCCAGAUUUCUGUACAUGAGGCACAGGGUUAUGGGAUGUCCAACAUGAAGCACUCGGUAACAUUCAAGCUCUUGGUGGGCACAAUCGGGGUCACUUGCAUUGUAUUAUGCUUCAACCUUCAGUGGUUGGUGAAGCUCAAGCCUCUGAGAAGGACAAGUACAGAUGGGAACCUGACCUGCCGAGGCAAAUUGCCCGAAGAUACCAUCACACCAUUAAAGGACCUCAGAACCUUUAUAAUAGCCCCGUACUUGGACAACAGAGAGAGGAACAUUGUCCGGAUCUUGGGGAUUGUUCACCAUACGGACGCAAAGGAACUCUACUGCUACUUCUGCUGCGCAAAUACCACCGUUCUCCAAAGCAAAGCGGAGAUAGAUGUCCAUGAAGACCGAUUUGGCUUCCCCUAUGGUCUGGCUGAUAUUAUCUGUGCUGAGCCCCCCCAAUGCAGAGCAGCGCAUGUUGCCAUUGAUAGGUCUCCAUCUGAAGACAUUGCAAACCUUACAGUAUUCCCCAUCAGAAACAGAGAGACGGCCACACCUACGGCCAACUUCACCGUCUGCAUCUCCACCAUGUUUGGGAAUUACAGCAAUGGCCUGCAGUUCAUCCAGACCAUAGAAAUGUAUAAGAUACUGGGCGCACAAAAAGUCACGAUCUACCUUAACAACUGCAGCCGACAGAUGGAGGAGGUCCUUCAGUACUACACCAAGGAAGGGACGGUGGAGGUGAUCCCCUGGCACAUUCAGCGAUACCUGAAGAUGUCUAAAAGUUGGCGCUAUCCCAACGAUGACACGGAAAUUGGUUAUUAUGGGCAGCUAUCCACACUAAAUGACUGUAUUUACAGGAACAUGUACUCCAGCAAGUUUGUUGUACUCAAUGACCAGGAUGAAAUCAUUCUGCCCUUCAAGCACCGGACUUGGGACAACAUGAUGGAAAGUCUUCAACGGGAAAAUCCCAAUGUGGCGGUCUUUGUUUUUGAAAACCAUCUCUUCCCCCAUACGGCCCUGACUGACGGCAAUUUCACCAACAUGUCCUUGUGGAACCGGGUCCCGGGGUUCAACAUACUCCAACACACACUGCGACAGCCAAACAGUCCUGACAUCUUCAAUUCCCGAAAAAUGAUUGUGGAUCCGAGGGCAGUGAUCCAAACGUCUGUCCACUCUGUUCUGAAACAGUACAGAGACUCCCAGUAUGUCCCUUUAGAGAGCGCUUUGGUUUAUCACUGCAGAGACCCCCCAGAAGAACCUGCACCCACAUCCUCAUUGAUUGAGGACAAAAAUAUAUGGCGCUUUAAUGAGACACUAAUUAGGAAUGUUAACAACAUGCUAAACCAUUUUCUAAAAUAAUGUGCUAUUAUUGGCCACAGAUAUCUGCUCUUCAAGAAUAAAUAAAUUACGUAUCAUUAAAGGAAACUGAACCCCUAGAACGUUCUUCUGAGAACUUUUGACAUUUACAUCUUUUUUUUUUUAAUUUUCAAGAUAUGAGCAGUUUAUAACCUACUAAUAGAAAAUGAAUCGAGUCGGCUGAAAAUUA